AUCUGCUGGCUCCUCAGUUUGCCUGCCGAGCUCUUCCCAAGAGGAGAGCCAGCAACAAUGAGGGAUUGAUGGUGUAUAUGCAUACAUAGUUUUAUUUUACUUAUUAAAGGACGACAUUUCAUUCUCAAAUCGAAUAGCAGAAGAGGCAGAUACAUAACAUUAUUCGGCAUUUAUUCCCAAAUUGAGCAGCAUUGAAUUCCUCAGAGAAGAAGAAGUGAGCAGAGUGGGUCCUUCCUUUUACCUUGAGUGAGUUUCGUUUCGUCUCUGGAAACGAAACCCCGAGCAGUGCGGCAGUGAUUGCGAGAUAUUAGUCCCGCAGUUGACCUACGCUGAACACCAUCUCGCCCAAAGACGCUCCAGUCCUGGGAUGAGAUUCGGUUUUUCAUACGACGCGAAACGUGUUAAGUGACGUGUCAAUUUGUGUGUUUAGCAUGGACUGAAGUGGUGCGUGUGGGGGUGAGAUUUCCGAAAAAAUAAAAGAAAUUUGAAAAAUUGAGGGACUUUUCGAAAAUGUGAAAAUUUUGUUUUGCACAAUGAAUGGAUUCUCUCCGAAUUGUGGUGGUAAUUUGUUUGGAAAACUUGCGUCGUCCUGAACCGCAGAAAGAUUUGUGUGAGGAAAUAUAUAACCUUUGAAAAAAAGAAGUAGAGAUUCCAAUAAAGGCAUAAUGACCAGAAAAAGUAUGCCCAGUAACAAUAGAGAAAUACAAGUUUUUCUAAAAUACGAUCGUCGUCCCCUUUCGAAAAAAGAAGUUGACUGACUGUGCCGUAAAGUGUUGCAUUGUUGUCUGCAGAAUAAUGUGGAGAAGAGAUUGUUGUUUGUGCAACUGGUUAAUUCAUCUGUUUUCCAUACUUUUUGUUGCCUCCACCGUUCACGCAUCAUGGAUGUAUUUGGGAAUAUCGACGAAAUCCCUGACAGUGCCGGCGGACCAGCCCGUGGGCGACGUGAACAUGCAGUUGGCCGGGGACGCGCCUGAAAAUCCGGAGGAAGCGUUCCGCUACUCGGCCGGCCUGGUGUGCAGUUCUCUCCCAGGCCUCGUAGCCCAGCAGAUUGACGUCUGCCAAAAUUACCCUGACACCAUUCAAGCCGUGUCUGACGGGGCUCGGAGAGGAAUCCGUGAAUGCCAGUUCCAGUUUCGACAUGAGCGCUGGAACUGUUCCACCAAGGAGGACGACGACUACUCCGUUUUUGGACAUGAACUGUCCAGAGGGAGCAAGGAGACGGCUUUCAUCUAUGCCGUCACGAGUGCCGGAGUUGUCCACGCCAUCACACAAUCUUGCAGUUCCGGAGCGCUAAACGAGUGUUCUUGUGACCUCAGCAAGCAGGGCAGAACGACCCCGGAAGGAUGGAAGUGGGGCGGGUGCAGUGACAACAUGAAGUUUGGAAUCCAAUUCUCCCGAAAAUUUGUUGACGCUCCGGACAAAACGAAGCUUGAAUAUGCACCAAAAAAUGUUCAAAAUUUGAUGAAUUUGCAUAACAAUGAAGCCGGACGUCAGGCUGUCGCCCAUCUGAUGCGAAUGCAAUGUCGGUGUCACGGAGUGUCGGGUUCCUGUGAGUUGAAAACUUGUUGGAAAAAUAUCCCUAGUUUUACUCAAGUGGGUGAUUACUUGAAGAAGAAAUAUCAAAAGUCAACUCAGGUUCCACUCAAGUCUCAGAAACGGUUGAGGAGAAAAAGUGGGCGAAAGUUCCCCGUGAGCAAGGGAGAAUUGGUUCACUUGAGAAAGUCGCCGGAUUAUUGUGAGCUCGACUUGGACAAAGGAAUUACUGGAACGACGGGCAGAGUUUGCAACAAAACAUCCGAUGGUCCGGACAGAUGCAAUGUUUUGUGUUGUGGGAGAGGCUUUAAUACAAAGGUUGUGAAAAAGGUGGAGCGCUGCCAAUGUAAAUUUAUUUGGUGCUGUUAUGUCAAAUGCAAACCUUGCAUUACGAGGACUGACAUUCAUACAUGUAAAUAAUAAGGGACGAGUAAAAAGAAUAUGUCCUUUUCUGGGGAGCUUCUCCACCCGCAAGAAGAACGCGGAUUCUAAAAGAACACGGAACACGGACAAGAAAUGCUUUGAAGAAAAUCCUACUUCAAAAAAUAAAUCCUCUUUACUAUUUCAUGCACAGUUUGAUUUAAAUUUAUACAGAUACUGUCAGGCAUUUAGUCAACAAGCGUUAUGUUAUGAUGCUAUAACUAUAUCUACCACCAUGAAUCAUGUUAAUUUGCUUUUUUAACCAGUGGCCGCGGAAGUCGUGGGGACAUCUGGGGACAUUAACAUUGUAGGAUGGGAGAGGGAGAGGGUUAUAUAAGAUCGGCAGGUCAGAUGAGGACAUCGAACAACCGUGGGGACAUUGUCCCUCUGCCCCCUUCCGCGGCCACUGUUUUCAACUACAAAAAUACUUGUGUACGUAUAUACAUGGGCGCUAGAAGAGAAACCAUUUUAUGAUUAAUUUUUAAUUAUCUAUUGCUAGUUUUAAUAAUAAUCUCAUCUUUGUAGCUAGAUAAGUAGGUAUCGGCUAGCAAGCAAUUGCGUAAAAUAUUAAUAAAAUGUCUCAUCACUAUACUCACUGUACGUAAUUCUAAAUAUUUACAUAAUUAAUGUAAAAGUCGUUGCAUGUUAUAUUCAUCGUCAUCGUCGUCGUAUAUGUACUACCAAUUCAAUGAUUCAAUAUUUGUGAAUAAUAAAUUGUACGUUUAUAAUUCAUGUCAUGAAGUUUGCAAUCAAAAUAUUUUAUUGGCAGUGUAGGUUUGUUUUGCGCGUGUAAAAAUCGGCUGGCAGUGAAAGUUACAACUCCUGAGGCAAUUAAUUAAUACUAAAAAUAUGGGAAUUAAUUACUAUUAUUAUUAUUAAACAAAAAGAUAAGAAUGUAAAAAAAAUGGCAGUGAUAUAAA